CCGGCGCGCGUCCGCUGUGUGCGCAGCUCGCGCGUCCCUGUAUAUAACGUGCGCGUCGGAUUCAAACCCACAGGGACACCUUUGGCUGGGUGCAGACACCACACGACAGGUGAUAAGUUUCCGCAAUAUAUCGUCUACAACUUCACUACACCUUCGCCACGCACACGACUUGGCCACCGCGGGGCACUGAAAAAAAAAGUGUCAUCGUUAACCCUCCUGCGCUCAUCCUAAUUCUCGUCAUCCUUCACACCUGUGUACAAAUCGCACGAUUGGAAAGCCACUGUUGUGAGUGACAGGUGCAAACUGAGGCUGACAGCAGCGUUUGGAGGAAACAUUUUCAGACAGGUGUCUCCUGAACAGGUUCACAGGCGCAAGGGUCGGCAGCAGGCGACAAGAAGUGAACAAAUAGUCUGAGGACAAAUCGUCGCCGCCAGUCGACUACCACUUUGUACAAAGUCACUUGUGUCCUGAGGAGGUCUUCCUGCAGGUGAGACCUUGCUGUAGAGCAGGAGGCAGGUUUGACAGGUGACAUUUUGCACCUUUACAAAGGGACAGUUACAGGGACGAGCUCGGCGCCGCGCAGCUUUUUACGCCGAAAGGUCAAGAACAAGUUCACUGUUCACGCGCCCUCCACCUCAACCUCCGCGCACCUGCAGACUGAAGAUGAAGGUCCGACAGAUGCGCGAGCAGGUGUGUGCAGUCCUGGUGCUGGCACUGCUGGGCGACUGGCUGCAGACGGCAGACACGAGGCAGAUCAGACGAAUAUGCAAGGAUUCGGAGAUCGAGAUUCUGUCGGACCAGGGUGUGCGCAUCGAACCCGUGGAGCGGUCCCACACGGAGCUCGUGCUGGCACUCGACGACAUCGUCUCCAAAAAAUUUCAAAUCCGAUUCGACUUCAAGACCACUGGCGCCAAUGGCAUCCUGUUCUACGGACGGUCUCGCGAGAACAGGAAGGAGCUGAUCGCCAUGCGCCUGAUGAGCGGGUCGCUGUACUACAAGAUCCAGUGCCCCACCGUGGCCGCCGACGUCCUCAUCCCCUUCGAGUCCCGCCUGGACGACGGCAACUGGCACACGGUGUCGAUCAAGUUCAGGAAGGGUGGCAUGAAAGCUCAGGUGGAGGUGGACGGGGUGAAGGACGAGAAGACGUAUGAGGUCAGCUGUGACGGCAUGUCGUCUCUGGUCUUUGGUGGUGUCAGUCCGCACGACCACAGCGUCGUCAACAGCAUCUUGGGUUCGAUGCCCCAUUUUGACGGGUGUUUCCGGCGUGUGCUCCUGAACACCCCGCUGCGGACACCCCCCAAGUACUACGCAGUGUCCGUGUGCGACUAGCUGCUGCGGCCUUGACCUCGCUCAGCUGGGUCACAUCUUGUGACCUUUGACACCGCCAGUCAGCCUCCAGAGACAUGCAGUCGGCAGGCGAACUUUUGGUCAACUCACCGGGUGUGGACGUGUUGCAGAGUUGUACCUACCCCGCCCGCCUGACUUGGUUCCUUCUGAAGCUUGGAUCUCAUUUUCCUACCAUACCGCUCCGUCCUUCCAGCCUGUUCUUCCAUUGAGCUAUGGGGGACACCUGGUUCUACCUACCCAGUAGACCUACCCAGUAGCCACUUGUUUACCUUGCCACAACAAAGACUGAGCAACGAUGAGAAAGGAUCCUUCUUCCCCACCCCCUUCCUUUUUCCUUUUUUCACUGACACAAGCCACCUGACCCUGGUUUGUGGGAUGGGGGAUGGCUACACCUCCAGCAACUGUGGAUGGAGCGACAGACCCUCCCCAUCACAUCAUGCUUAGUUUGCAGGCACGCGCACCACCUGCCUGACCUGCCAGUAGGGAUGCACGCGGUGGUCAGCAUUGUAUCGAUGUGUCGUGACAGUCACGCUUUAGCUGUUUUCACCUUACAGGUACAGCCAGGUAUGGACACAGCCACCUUUUGUUGCUAAUCCCUCCACGUUGAACUGUUCCUUUGAACAUCACGCACACAGACCGAUGUGUCAGGUACAGGCCGCCGGUGAGUCCUACACACCCACCUGUUGAUGAGACACACCUGGCUUACCUGCAUAUUACCUCAGUUUGUUCUCCCAACCCCCUCACAACUAACAUCUUUGUUUGGCAGUCAAGCCACACAAUGUUCGUCUCCUCAAACACCUUUGCCAUCGCUGUCUUUUCGAGUUUGGCAGUGUCAUGUCAGUGACUGGAGCACGGAGACCGUGGUGAAUGAGUUCUGGUGACUUCCACCGUGUGACGGGCGCGUGCAGCAGUGACACAAGUGAGAUGCGCUGGAGUAGACUUGUCACCAGACCAAGAUGAUGAAGAUGACUUUAGUUCUGAACUCAAAGACCUGUUACUACCACUACUUCUAGCAUCGCCGCCAUCAUCAUUCACUAACUUUCAUGCUAUCAUCAUCGAUAAUUGUGAUUUAUUUUGCCCCCUUCCUUUCAUCGCCAUGCUAUCAUCUCGUCAGUCGUUCUGCUGUCAUCGUUGUUGUGAUCGUUGCUUGGCAUGUACAUCAAACCCGCAGCAACCACUUCAAGCGAUCGCCUCUGCAGCAGCCCUGGUCCCUGCCCUUUGCUGGCACAGUAUUUUGGCCAAAUGUUGUUUGUGUGUUUGUGUGUGUGGUGCUCGCACCUACUUGUUAGCCAUGCAUACGACGGUUGAAUGUUAAUUCUGUCAGUCACUCUGUGGGUGAACCCUGACGAGUUCAAGUGGACAGUAUUCGUGCUGCCAGACCUCGGCGGUGCUGGUGUCAGUGGUUCGGACCACCACCUGGGCUGCGGUCUUGGUGACCACCUGGUGGUCAACAGCUCAGCAUCAUCCCAGCAUGCAAGCAGCAUCUCUGCACGAGACUGUGAUCGUCAAGCCCGUGGUGGCGGGUGGAUUGCUGUGACAUUUGCAGAUCAUGUUGAGACUUACCUGUCAACAGGCAAGCAGAAAAUUGUGGUGAUACGCAGGUAAAGCUUGCUGUCUGCGCUGGAAAUGACUGACACAGCAUCAGAAGAUUAUUUUGUCGUCUGCUUUUAAUGCACUGACCCUCCGCCUACCCUCCUCCUGUCCCCACCCUCCCGACUGUUGUUGAACACCCGCUGUAGCUCUGUGCACACACCCAGUGUCAGUGUGUAGGUCUACGCGCUUCUCCAUCCUCACCUGGCCGCACCUGCGAAGUUUGAGACAGUGCGGCAGUGUGAUGACAUUUGACAUUUGACCUUUGACUCUGUGUGAAAUGUCAGAAGUCCGUCCCAUUCACUGACCCUACCAAAGUGCAGCAUCCACCCUACUGAGUGUGAGAGGCGGACCAAGUGGAAUUCGAAUCAAAAGAUCCCAGCACACGCAUUUGACACAUUCUGGAAGAUUUGUUGCUCCAAAACAGGAUAUGUGUUGCUUCUUGUUAAGUUUUUUGUUGAUAUAGUUGAAAUAUAACAUUAAAAAUAUUUGGAAAACA